GUCUUUUCUCUCCCUUUAAGUCUACAAUCUCUUUAUUCAUGAAUUCAUGGUUUUCUGUUGAAGGUGACAUUUUUAAUCAUUUUUGUUGUAUGAUUAUUAUUUAAGUGGCAUUAAAAUGUCAAGGAAUCAGCAAAUGCAUUGAAAUGGGAAUUAUUUGUCUGGAUUUAAUCAAGAAGCAAUACAUUGACUCUUUGCGAUUGACUACAACAAGAAAAGGUUAUAAAAAUGAUACGAAGUCAGUCCCAGAGUAUCUUAAAUUUGGUUAAGAGAUCUGGAACAAUCAGUUGCGAUGGUUUAAAUCGACUCUUUAAUAACUGUGACUUAAAAUGGUUUGCUUCAUUAGAAAUCAUCAAUCAAAACCAUCGACAUUUAUUGCAGCCUAAUCCUCAAAUUUAUACAACAGAUAGGCUAUUUUGUGCCAAUAAACUUACUCAAUGUUGGCAGUGUGGAAGUAAAUUUCGGGAAAGCUUACCCAUCAGCUGUACGAAUUGUCUGGCACCGCAAUUGAAUCAUCCAGAAUUAAAUUAUUUCACCAUAUUUAACCUAAAAGCAACCUAUGAUGUAGAUGUCCCAGAAAUAAGGCAGAGAUUCCUGAAUUUGCAAAAAAUCCUUCAUCCUGACAAAUAUACCAACCGUUCUCAGGAAGACCAAAACACUUCUCUGGAUCUUUCAACAUUUGUCAACAAAGCCUAUAAAGUUUUGCAAAAUCCGUAUAAAAGAGGAAUAUACCUGCUGAAAUUGAACGGAAUACAUCGAGAAGAAAGAGAAGGUAACACCGUUAUGGAUCCUGAUUUCCUCGAAGAUAUGUUAUCAAUUAACGAAGCAGUUCUAGAAUCGAGCAUAGAGGGAUUACAAAAGAUCCGGUCCGACGUGCAAAGUAAAAUUAACCAUCUUGUCAGCUCUAUAUCCAGAAGUUUUCAAACAAAUUCGUUACAAGACGUUGAAUUAUUGUUAAAUAAGUUAAAAUUUUAUGUCAACAUACUUGAUAAAAUAACCGAAAAAGAGUGAAAUUAGUCAAAAUUGGGAAGCAAGACUUCAAACGCAGUUAAAAGACAACCUUUCAAUUACUCUAAAGUAAGUAACAAACGCAUAGCCAAAAUAAAAUUUUAAUAUUUUAUUUUAUCUUCAAAUAAAUAAAUAUCAAACAAACAUCUAUCAAAAA